GGCGACAAGACACGAGUUUAUUUAUGCUUUGCAUUUCAUUAAAGAAACAGCGAGUUUUUGUCGUCAAGAAACCUUUACAAAUGUCAUCAAACGCAAGGAAAGAUGACCCAAUAAUCCUUUAAUACGAAACCGUUUCGCUUUUUAAGGUAGGAUGGUGAAAACCUCUUUAAAACAUGCUUUAAACAAUGACAUGUAUCCAUGUUUUUGAACAAGUGUUGGAAAUUUACGGGCUAAUUUUGAAACUGUUUUGUAUUUUAUAGUGUAUGUAACCAUUGAACUUGAUGUGUGACAAGUGAAAUUGCUCAAAAAUAUAUUUAAAUGGGUUCUAAGUCCGUAACGAAAUCUGUAGCAAAGAAAUUGUGAGUAUCUCUUGACAUUUUUUAAAAAUAUAACAUGUUAGAAUAUUUUUGGAAGGUGCGUGACAGAAUGGAUGUAUCAUAUGAAGCCCUAACAUUUUGAAGUUUCUUGCUGUUUUGUUUCUUUAAUUUUACUUAUUAACUAGAGCAACAGUAUAAAGUUUAAUUUGGAUAUAUUUGCUGUUGUUUAUGCACUCCAGGGAAAAGGGCAAAUGUCAAAUGAAUUAAGCUGAGCUCUAUGAAUUAAGAUGGGAUUGAUUACAUUAUGUUAUAUGAUAAUUCCAUAUUUUACAAAUUGUGGUGUAGGUACAGUGUAAGUAUGUAUAGUGAGUGCUAUACAUAUACAUGUAUUCCAUUUCGGAACUUUUACACACAGACAUUUUAAGGCUUUAUCUCAGAUUCAUUUUAAUGAUAAAUGUCAAAACAUUACAUUAUCUGAUGGACAUAUAUUGAUGCCAACUAACAAUAGUGUUCGUUAACAUACUACAAAACCCCAAAAUUGACCUAGGAUAUUGCUGUUGCUAUUAUGAGGGUCAAGAUGGGAGUGUCUGAAAAUCAGUAAACAGUAUAAUUUUGGUAUUUUAACGUCGGUAAAUCUUUGAAAAGUGUUCUGAAAUGAUAAACAGUACUUUUUUCCUCAUGCUCAACAGUAAAUUUUUAGUGUUUUCACGACUGAUGGUAACUGAAAUUGAGUGAAUCACGACUCACAAUAUACCCCAUCAACACCCUCUAUUAUGCUUCAUAAUAUGCCAAUAACAUAAUAUAUUGGUGAGACUUUUUCUCUUGAUGACUUUUUCUCUUGACUUGUCUGGCAUUAAGGUGGGGUAAUACGGGAAACAAAAUUGCUGCAACUUGCAACAAAAUCUGAUUUCUAUGCAUGUUAAUUGAAAAUGUUUACGCAUGUACAUUACAAAUCACGAGGCAACAUGUGUUAACAUUUCUACUUUACGUAACAUGCGUUGAAAUCAGAUUUUGUGACCCUUGCAAGUUGCAGCAAUUUUGUUGCCUGUAUUACUCCACCUUCAGAUAAAAUAAAUUAUCUGGAGUGCAUUGUUAAUUAAUUAUUUAUAUGACCCAAACUUCAAAUGUCUUUGACAAGUAAAAUUGUCUUACUAGCUUUAAACAGGUACCUAGCUGCUUUUAUUUGUCUAAGUAUAUUGCCAGAUAAUUUUACUUGUCGAAGGAAAAGUGACAAUUAACCUGCCGUUGUACAUUUCUCUAAUAUUAAUGACAUUCUAGGCAGUUUAAGGCAGCAUAAUCUAGCCUACAUUGUUAGUUUACCCUAGCUUCCUUAAAGGCCAGAACAUUUUGUUGCAUGUAAAAAACUUCUUGUUUGCAAGCAGAAGGAAAGAAAAUUUACUCAUGAGUACAGGGUUUGGUUUAUGUUUUUGUGUUUUGCAAUGAUAAAAAUAUUUGAUGGAUCAAUUUAGCAACAGCUGCAAGUGAUUUAGCUCAAUAAAAUCUAAUUAGAAUUUUAAUUAGAAUCAUGUAUUUAUUUAUGCAGUUGAUGCAUAAAUUAAACCAGAGUGAGUGUAAAAUAUAAUGUUAUGCUGUUUUGGAAAAAAAAUAUUGUGAAAUGGUAGUACGAAUGCGAUUCUAUCAAAGAAUAUAUGUUAGCCUAGUAUAUAAUUGGAAUAAGAUAUGAAUUUACAGUUUUGUUAAUUAAAUUUGUUAUUACUUUAUUCUAUAUGUUGUUGUAUAAUAUUAUUCUACUUAAUUUGCAUUUGCUUAUUUAAAAAUUUAAAAGGGAAUUGCAGUAUUUAAAAAUUCAUGAUAUUCUUAAUUUGUCUGUUGCUGCCUGAUAAUGUUAUUUGUAUCAUUGCUAUGGCAACCAUUAUUGUCUUCACGCAAUAAAGUGAAACUCAAAUUGUUAUGGGGCUUUGGUUGUCCAUCCUGGGAAUCCAUGUCAAGAAUCCUUGGGCUUAGUAAAGUAGCAAAAUCCUCUACCCCAUUUCUGAUUGACAUACAGCUAUUUCAAUUAAGGUUGUUGCCGAGCAAUUAGCGGAAAAGUGGAAUACAAGCGUAAAAGGUUUGCUGGGAAUUACUAAAAAAUUAAUGAAUUUUUUAACGAUUCCCAGCAAGCCUUUCGUGCUCGGGACAACCUUAAUUAAUUGAAAUAGCUGUAUACAUACUUGCGCAUUUUAUUCACAAUUUCAUUUUCAAUACCCCCCCCCCCCCUUAAUGUUGCGUAAAACUGUGCUAGUCUAACACACUACACAAAACAUUGAAUGGGAAAGGGGGUUGCUAUGCUUGUUAUUGUAGUGGGAGUCAAAUUUCACUCUGUCAGUUUCAAGUGCGCCAGUAUUUUUGAGCAGGAUUGAUCUAGAUGUAAUUGAAGGUUGUAUAAAACAAUUAUUAUAUAGGAAAUAUUAUGUGGACAUAACAAGACGAGAAGAUGCAUUUGAUUUGUCUGGACCAUUUCUACCACCACAGGAACCAACACCUCAGAGACCUGUAAGUACUGGAAAUACACUGCACAAAAAAGCAUUCCUCCCCCCUGCACGACGACAAGGUACCAGUUUAUUGGGGUGGGGGACUUAAUAAUUUGCGUGCUUGAUAAUUCUAGUAAUUGAUGCUCAUGUACAUGAUUCUAGUAAUUCUUUUUUCGCAUUUGACCCUGGGCCUAAAAUACCAAAUGGUCCCGUGAUCCAAUAAUUUUUAAUAGACAGGUUUAGAAAAGACGACGAGGCAAACACGAUGACGAGGUUUCAAUUUCAUCUCAAGUUUGAGAGCUAAGGAACUUGAUUACUGUAAUAAAUUGAAGCUUUUUAAAAUAACCUUACACACGGUUUUACGACUUAGUUUAACGUUGUGUUCAGAACGAGUCUGAACGACAACGUUGUUGAGGACAUCCUUGGGACCGCAAAUUAUUCAAACUUUUUGUUUUGCAUGAAGAAUUUUUUGUUUCGAAGGCGGGUCUUUUAGUUCACGUCGUGUUUUCUAAAUCAGUGUGUUAGCUCUCCGGCGCUAGCCAACUUUCAUCGACUGUCAUGUUCCCAGGGACGCCAGAACUGGGGGGCAGGGGGGUGGCUGCCCCCUUGCCUUUUGCUAGGGGGGAAGGGGGGGGUGCAGAAGUGCCCUUUUAGUUGUAAAAUACUACGUGAUAAAUCACAUUUCCAACGAUGCUUUUUGUAGGAAAAUCAUGAGAUUCAUGUAAUUUAAAGUUAAUAUUUAUAAAAAAUUUUGAAAAUUUUUGGAAUUUAGAAAAAUAUUUUGAAGAAAUGGGGAAAAUUUUGAUAUGUCCGGAAAAAUUUUUGACCCCGAAAAUGGUACACUGACCGAAAUUUUUUUUGGCGACGGGGGGGGGGGGAUCGCCCAAAAAUUUUCCAUUGAAAAAAAUUUCCCAGUAGAUUUUGAAGUUUUGCUCUAUAGAGGUGCCCUUGGUGUGCGUCCGCCCCCCUUUGCCUUAUUAUCGUUCCGGCGUCCCUGCAUGUUCCGGUUUGAUCCGGGCUUUAUGUAAUAUUUCAAAUGCGACUAUGAGGACUGGACUAGAUUUCACGUCCGCGCAAUUUGAUCAAGUCCGAGGUAUUAAACACGUCCGAGGCGAAGCCAAGGAUUGGUUCAAAAUACGAGGACUUGAAAUCUAAUCCGAAUUGGAGGAUUUGAAAUGACAUCUCAUACGAACAAAUCACUACUUGAAGUGAGGUGAAUUAAUUUUGAUCCAGUCCUAGGACUGAAUUAAUUUUGAUCCAGUCUAGGACUGAAUUAAUUUUGAUCCAGUCUAGGACUGAAUUUAUUUUGAUCCAGUCUAGGACUGAAUUAAUUUUGAUCCAGUCUAGGACUGAAUUUAUUUUGAUCCAGUCUAGGACUGAAUUUAUUUUGAUCCAGUCUAGGACUGAAUUUAUUUUGAUCCAGUCUAGGACUGAAUUUAUUUUGGUCCAGUCUAGGACUAGAUUUAUUUUGAUCCAGUCUAGGACUGGAUUUAUUUUGAUCCAGUCUAGGACUGAAUUUAUUUUGAUCCAGUCUAGGACUGAAUUUAUUUUGGUCCAGUCUAGGACUAGAUUUAUUUUGAUCCAGUCUAGGACUGGAUUUAUUUUGAUCCAGUCUAGGACUGAAUUUAUUUUGAUCCAGUCUAGGACUGAAUUUAUUUUGGUCCAGUCUAGGACUAGAUUUAUUUUGAUCCAGUCUAGGACUGGAUUUAUUUUGAUCCAGUCUAGGACUGAAUUUAUUUUGAUCCAGUCUAGGACUGAAUUUAUUUUGGUCCAGUCUAGGACUAGAUUUAUUUUGAUCCAGUCUAGGACUGGAUUUAUUUUGAUCCAGUCUAGGACUGAAUUUAUUUUGAUCCAGUCUAGGACUGAAUUUAUUUUGGUCCAGUCUAGGACUAGAUUUAUUUUGAUCCAGUCUAGGACUGGAUUUAUUUUGAUCCAGUCUAGGACUGAAUUUAUUUUGAUCCAGUCUAGGACUGAAUUUAUUUUGGUCCAGUCUAGGACUAGAUUUAUUUUGAUCCAGUCUAGGACUGGAUUUAUUUUGAUCCAGUCUAGGACUGAAUUUAUUUUUAUCCAGUCUAGGACUGAAUUUAUUUUUAUCCAGUCUAGGACUGGAUUUAUUUUGAUCCAGUCUAGGACUGAAUUUAUUUUGAUCCAUGCAGUCCUAGGAUCAAUAUACUUCACCAUGCACUGAGGUAUCCAGUAUUAUCGUGUGAGCAAAAUAAGGCAAUAUGGUUGGCUAAUCUCAAACUCAUUAAUAAUUCAUGAGAAUUAUUAAUGAGUUUGAGAUUUAAUAUAAUAGACAAUCUUGGCAAAAAAGUAUAUAUUCCCGGAAAGAGCAUACAAAAAUGAGUAAAAUUGCUAAGACCCUUGCAAAGUUCGCAAAUUUUGUAUUCUUUUGUAUUGCGUGCGGAAAUUGCUACCACAUUUGGGGCGAAAAAGUAGUAAUUUCCGCACGCAAUACAAAAUUUAUUGCAAGGCUAUAUUUUCCGCAUUUUACAACAUUUCGCAGCCAAACUUUGCCAUUUUACUCAUUUUAGUAUGGUCUUUCUAGCUGUGGUGAUUUAUUUGCAUCUCCUUGCCUAGUUUUAAAAUUAGUCUAUAAUGGGAAUUGUCAAUUGUGUUUGUUCAUCAGGGACCAACGCUGGCAUACGAUGGUAUUCACGACCGAAGUCUUAAACAUUACUUCCGAGACCCUGAGGUAAAAACACAAGUUGGUAAGAUGACGAUAUCAUCGGGAAAAGCCUGCCGCGAGAGCGAGAUAAGACGCGUGCUGGAUGGCGAGAUGUCCAGAAGGAAUUAUAAGUUAGACAACGAAUCACAGUCACCAUAUCUCAGCAACAUGAGGAAACGAAAUACACCACCCAGACAUAGACCUCAGGCUUUGAUAAGUGUUGACGAGUAUUUGAAGACGAAGAAAGGAGCUAAGCAAAGGUAUGGUGUGAUAGUCGAUAUCAUAUAGACGUAGAGGAGGAAAGUAAUUAGGGGGCGGGGGGGAGGGGGGCAGACUAAAAUUUGCCUGAUUUUGAUGGGAAUUAUCUGACCAAUACAAAAUAGUUUUUCGUCAUAAAUUUUUUUUGGUCCCGGGGGGAGGGAGUUGGGGAUCCGCGAAAAAGUUUCGAGACACCAGUCAAAACGUUUUGGCGAAGUUACAUAUUCCUUCUUUUUUUUAUUACUUUACUAUUUCGCAUCGCGCUUCCUUUUAAUCAUUUGCCCAAUUUUUUAGUAGAAUUUUUUUCUUUUUAUGUAGCAUAAACCAUCGGCCAAUUUUUCAGUAGAAUCUGUACGAUUUUUAAGUAUAAUUUCUUGAAUUAAGCAUGGUUGGACUGAUGAGAUGACACUAAGGAAUCUUGGAGUCAAUUCCAUGUGUAACUGUUCGUGUAUUCAAUUGACAACUUGCGUGUUAGACUAAAUUUUAAUCUAAGUAAAGAGGAGGGAAUCAAACACCACAGCUAAAAAGAACAUAAUGAAAUUAGUAAAAUUGCAAAAUUUGGUUGCGAAAUGUUGUAAAGCUUGGGAAAUAUAGCCUUGCGAAGUUUGCAAAUUUUCGGCUCAAAAAUGGUAACAAUUUCGGCACGUAAUACAAACAUAUACAAAAGAUGCAAACUUCGCAAGGCUAUAUUUUCCGUAUUUUACAACAUUUCAUAACCAAAUUAAACCAAAUUUUGCAAUUUUACUAAUUUUAAUAAGUUCUUUUCGGGAAUUUAUUUUAUUUGCCUAGAUCAAAAAUUAGUCUAACAUGCAAGUUGUCUAUUGUGCCCUUUAUCUAGAACUCCUAGUUACAGGUUACUGAAUGAAUACCUUUCAGAAACCUGUACUUUAUGUCCUUCGUUUUAAAAACUAAGUACACCUUGAGUCUUAAAUUUGUACCUGCUUGAGUACGAGGCAAUAGUUACUGGAGUAACAGUCAAGGCCGGAUUUUGGUGGAAAUAGUGGGGAGGUGGAAAAAAAAUUUAGGGGAGGUGCAGCGGUUUAGCUCACAACCGUCAACCCCCAUGGAAAGUUAGGGCUUAGAACGGGCCAAAGUCAACGACGUGACGUAUGCAUGUAGUGUACAUAUGUAUCAGUGUAUUAAUGAAUUGAUUGUACAACUCAUCCAAUUUUGCCCUUCAUCACAAUUCACCUGUUCACCAAUAGCGACGCCAUCUUGAAUUUCGCGUUUAACGCAAUGCAUUAUGUGUGGUCCAGGGUAAUUGAGCGUUUUUGAAGGGCUGUAAAUCAAAUAUGUAGGCGAAAACACACGUUUUUAUAGUUGAAAAUAACAGACAAUUUUUAGAAGAACUAGGAAAACACACAAAAGCUGGAAAAAAUUUUAAAAAUCAGGAUAAAAUCUAUAGUUUAAAUCUUUCUUAGGCCUAAAAAGGGAAAUAAUUUCAACAAAGUGCGCAUAAAAUUGAUUUACACUGCCUCAUUGUCCUCAAGAAAGUGUUUAUGAAAAAAAUUAUCGUAUUGUGUCUCAAUACGACAUUAAAGGCUUUUGAAUUCGGAUUUUUACCACUGAGCUAUAAUGAUUUUUACCCUGGAUAACCCAUAAUGCAUCAUGAUUCAAGAUGGCGUCGCUAUUGGUGAAUAAGUGAAUUACUACAACGUUUUUUCAAAAUAUCACACCAAAAGGGCACUUAAUUGACACAGAGAUGAAUGGCUAUCACUGUUUCAAUUUUACUGAAAAACGUUCUUACGAAGUGUAGACCCAAAGCGACCAAAGAAGUCACUUUGAUCUAUCAUUGAAACUUUCCCUAUAGGGGAGGUGCAUGACUUUUCAGGGGAGGUGCAAAAAUUUUCAGUGGAUGUACAAAACGAUCUCAGGGGAGGUGCGCACCUCCCCACACCUCCCCCCAAAAUCCAGCAAUAGUACCAGUUAGGUACGGAUAAAAAUCUUGAAUUAUCGCAUCCUGAUGUGUAAAAUAUAUUGUUGAACAGAAAAGUGAAGCCAGAUCUGAUUGGUAAGCCACGGAAAGCUGUGAGAAGAUCUCCACCUCAAUUUGUGAGCAAGAACGAACAUGAACGCCUGGUUAAUAUGGCCGCCAGGUUGAUUGCGGCAACUGUAAGUGGACAAUCAUGAAA